AUGACGUCAAAUAUGCGCAGUAUAUACGAAGAUGUAAACUACUAUUUUAAAAGUCUUGGUUUGUUUUUAUCGAGAGCAAAGACAUGUAUCAAUGACUUGGGCAACAGGCAAUGGUUAGAGCUUUUAACAGACCUUUCUUUCGAUGCUGAUAAAGAAAUUCGACUGCUAACAAUUGGAACUGGUAAAGGUGACAGAGACUGCCUGUUAAUCCAACAUCUCUCAAAAAGAUAUAAUAAGUUGCAUGUCACUGUAGUUGAGCCAGCAAAGAGACAGCUCGAUGAGUUUAAGAACAAGGCGGCAAAGAUCACAGAAGAUUUCCCUGGCGUAAGUUUUGAGUGGCAUGUUAAAAUGUUUGAAGAUUAUCAGAAUGAUCAUAAGAAACCAGAUGGAACCUUCCAUAUCGUCUUUGCUGGACAUAGUUUGAUAUACAUGAAGAACUGGGAAAGCGCUUUAGAUGGAAUGUACAAUCACGUACAGCCUGGAGGGAUGCUUGCAGUUACUGUUGUUCAUGGACAGGGUUUCCAGGGAAGAUUACGAAAGAUGUAUCGAGACUUAGAAGGUUGUAGUUUGCAUCUUCAGACUUCUGAUGAUGUGAAACGUCAUCUAAAGACGAAGAAUAUUGAGCAUUUGAAUGAAAAAGAAUUGAGCCGAGAAGUUGAUUUCGACAUAUCAGAUGUAUUUGACGAAUCAUCUGAUGAUGGUAAUGUAUUGCUCGAUUUCCUUGUACUCAGAAGUCAGUUUCGGAAAACUGCUCCACCAGACCACCAAGCGAAAGUGUUAAAGUUCCUGAGAGACAACUCAGUUAAAGAAAAUGGAAGACACUGGUUGCAUUCUGGUGAAGAACAUGUCGCGGCCAGAAGAUUGUAG